UGACCUUUAAGUGCGUGUAGUGUGAGGGCAUGGACCCUCUCGCUCGGCUGAUGGAGGGCGCGCCGCUGCCCGGCGUGCUGGGCGCCACGCGCGACGCGCGCCCCCGCGGAGCCCUAGUGCACGCCAGCCUUGCGGCGGCACCCGCGCUUGGCGACAAGAAGGGACGCCAUCUCACUGGCACCUUCUGUCUGACGGGCGACACCAUGGAGGGAAUUAUACAGUGCCUGGUCUUCCUAAAGGCUUUCUCGCUGGUGGGCGGCGAGUUCGACAUGGAGCUCAACUUCGUCAUCCAGGACGCGCAGAACAUCCAGCACAUGCUGGAACUGCUGGACCACUGCCCGCCCAGCUUACAGGCGGAGAUCUGGUCUGUGUUCAUCGCGAUCCUGCGCAAGAGUGUCCGCAACCUGCAAGCCUGCACUGACGUGGGAUUAAUACACCACGUGCUGCAGCGGCUGCCGCGCGCCGAGACUGUUGUCGCAGAUCUCCUCAUCGAGAUGCUGGGUGUGCUGGCGAGCUACAGCGUGACUGUCAAAGAACUGAAGCAGCUGUUCAGCGCCAUGAAGGCAGUCAAUGGGAAAUGGCCGCGGCACUCGGCGAAGCUGCUAAACGUGCUCCGGCAGAUGCCGCACCGGAACGGCCCGGACGUGUUCUUCAGUUUUCCCGGACGGAAAGGCUCGGCGGUGGUGCUCCCUCCGCUGGCGCGGUGGCCCCACGAGAACGGCUUCACGUUCACCACCUGGUUUCGGCUGGACCCCAUCAACUCGGUCAACAUCGAGCGUGAAAAGCCCUACCUUUACUGCUUCAAGACGAGUAAAGGCGUGGGUUACACGGCGCACUUCGUAGGCAACUGUCUAGUGCUGACCUCUAUGAAGGUGCGGGGGAAGGGCUUCCAGCACUGCGUCAAGUACGAGUUCCAGCCCAGGAGAUGGUACGCGAUCGCGGUUGUGUACAUCUACAACCGGUGGACCAAGAGCGAGAUCAAGUGCCUCGUCAACGGGCAGCUCGCCUCAAGCACCGAGAUGGCCUGGUUCGUCUCCACCAACGACCCAUUCGACAAGUGCUACAUCGGAGCGACAGCUGAGCUGGAUGAGGAGCGAGUGUUCUGCGGGCAGAUGGCCGCCAUCUACUUGUUCGGAGAAGCCCUCACCACCCACCAGAUCUGCGCCAUGCACCGUCUAGGUCCCGGAUAUAAGAGUCAGUUCCGAUUCGACAACGAAUGUAACAUCAGCUUACCGGAGAACCACAAAAGGGUGAGCGAACAAGCCGCUCUCCUGCUUGCGAACGCAGAAGUCCCCCCUCCCGAACCCGAAACCCCCCCUCCCGACCCUGAACCCGAACCCCAACCCGCUUCGCUGGAAGAUACCAAGGCGGCAGAAAAUGAAGAAGCAUGCGUAGUUGUUAAAGAAGACUCGACGCCUCGAGGAAGAAAGAUGGCUGACGAGGCGCGCGAAGUGGCCGCCGCGCAUGCGUCGCUGCUCGUAGAUAUUGAAGCAUGCAAGCGUGUGCUCUACGACGGCAAAUUGUCUUCGGCGAUAGUGUUUAUGUACAACCCCGUGGCAACCGACGGGCAACUUUGUCUCCAGUCCGCUCCUAAAGGCAACGUGUCGUAUUUCGUUCACACGCCGCACGCUUUAAUGCUGCAGGAAGUGAAAGCAGUAGUAACACACUCGAUACACAGCGCGCUGAACUCCAUAGGCGGGGUGCAGGUUCUAUUCCCGCUCUUCGCGCAACUGGACUUGCCGCACGAUGCUCCGGCCACGGACCCGAAGCGCGACCCCAUGCUAUGCUCAAAACUGCUCGGCUUCGUCUGCUCCCUCGUGGAAUCCUGCGCUACGGUACAGCAGCACAUGCUGCAAUGCCGUGGGUUCCUGGUCAUCUCCCACAUGCUGCAGCGCUGCAGUCGAGACCAUCUGACGCCCGAGACCCUGGCCUCGUUCUUACAUCUGACGAAGCAUCUUGUUACGUGCUGCUCUCCUAAUUCCGAUCUGCUUUUGAAACAGUUGCUGGACCACGUGCUCUUCAACCCGGCAUUAUGGGUGCAUACCCCAGCGGCAGUCCAGGCUAGACUGUACUGCUACUUGGCAACGGACUUUCUUGCUGACGCUCACAUCUACGGCAGCGUGCGGCGAGUCAGCACAGUUCUGCAGACCGUACACACGCUCAAGUUCUACUAUUGGGUCGUUAAUCCGAGAGCGAAAAGCGGCAUCACGCCUAAAGGAUUAGACGGUCCCAGGCCGGCACAUAAAGACAUCCUCACGAUUCGCGCGUACAUUCUUCUGUUCCUGAAACAACUUAUCAUGAUUGGAAAUGGUGUGAAAGAGGAUGAACUUCAGUCUAUUCUGAACUACCUAACAACGAUGCAUGAGGAUGAAAAUCUACACGAUGUUCUACAAAUGCUGAUUUCGCUGAUGUCUGAACACCCAAGCUCCAUGGUACCAGCUUUUGACGCUAAAGGCGGAGUGCGGACAAUCUUCAAGCUGUUGUCGUCUGAGAGUCAAUUAAUUAGGCUACAGGCGCUAAAGUUAUUGGGGUUCUUUUUGAGCAGAAGCACACACAAGCGAAAAUACGACGUAAUGUCACCACACAACCUCUACACCCUCCUCGCCACGCGUCUCGCCGGCGGCGGCUCGGGCGGUGAGGCGCUAGCCUUACCCGCGUACAACGCCCUCUAUGAGCUGCUGACGGAACAUGUUGGUCAGCAAAUACUGUACACGAGUCAUCCGGAGCCGCAACCGCACUUUAGGCUGGAGAAUCCUAUGAUCCUAAAAGUCGUCGCCACGCUCAUCCGUCAAUCAAAACAAACGGAACAGCUCCUCGAAGUCAAAAAACUCUUCCUCUCCGACAUGACCUUGCUCUGCAGCAACAACAGAGAGAACCGCCGAACCGUGCUCCAAAUGUCCGUCUGGCAGGAAUGGCUGAUAGCGUUAGCGUACAUCCAUCCGAAGAACGCUGAGGAACAGAAGAUAUCGGAUAUGGUGUAUAGUUUGUUCAGGAUGCUGUUGCAUCAUGCGAUCAAGCAUGAGUACGGGGGGUGGAGGGUGUGGGUUGAUACGCUGGCUAUUGUGCAUUCUAAGGUAUCCUACGAAGAGUUCAAACUCCAGUUCGCUCAAAUGUAUGAACACUACGAGCAACGGCGAGCUGACAACAUCACCGACCCGGCGGAGCGGCAACAGCGCCCGAUCUCCACCAUCUCGGGCUGGGACCGCCCCGACCCCACACCACCAGAACCCACACACAAAAGCCAUCAUGCCGCUCAGACCGAAAUUGGCAAAGGCCUCUCCCUAAGAGAGGUCGAAGCCUGUAGUUGUACCAAUAAAGAGGAAACAAGUGACGACGCGCGGACUACAGAACCUGUGUACAGUGAAGUGUGUAAAGCCCAUAGUCCUAUUAAAAAUACCGAAGUGCCCUGCGUCGACGGUUGUGAUAGUGUUAAAUGUACAGAUAGUGAGCAUGCUGUGGAUGAAGACGGACGACGCAGCGCGACCGGCGCGGAGAAUGAGCUAGUGCAGUCUAUUAUUAAUGAAAAUAUUCUUUUAGAGAGCUCUGAGUCUGGAUUGGGAACGAUAGAAGCGGAUUCAGAGAAAACUGACAAACCUUUGUCUAGACAAGGGAGCUUAGAUUACAUUCCAGUGAGAGAUGUAGGUGAAAAUGUACUUAAAGAUGAUAACACGGAUAAAAGCGAAGGUAUUCCUUCUAGUUUAUCAGCGAGUGAAACGGCGAGUCCGGAACGCGUCGCUGAUCCCUUAAAUUUAUCGAAUGAGAGAGAAUCUGAACUAUCAGAUCCGUCCGAAUUGUACUUGACUCCCAGUGAAGCGACUAGUCCUAAGAAAACACAAGAUAAGACUGACUCAAUCAUUCCUGAUGAUAUGGACAGCGAUGAUCCAAAGAACAUCGCGAUUACCAUUGUUAACGACGUGUUGUCGAUAGCGCUCGAAACUGUGAGGUUAAAAGCUGACGAUGACACUGAUUCUGGGGCCAUUUCAGGCGGAUUGCAUUCUGAAGGCAAUACUCCUAACGGCCGAGAAGAUUUUGAACAAGAAAUCGAAGAAAUUAUCGACGAGAAGCGAACAGCUGAAAUGAUUGCUAACGAAGUUAUCACAGACAUACUAUCCUCUGUUGUAACUAGGAGUGAACAGAAACAGAGUGAACUAGUAGAUGAAGAAGAUAACAGCCACCAUAGAGUGAUACCAUCCGACCAUCCACACGAAGGAAACGUUCUGCCUUUAGACGGUGAAUUUUUAGUCGAUUCACCGCGAAAAGAACCAGUGGAAAGAAUCGAAACAGAAGAAGUAGACGAAGUUACAAAAGAAAAUGCGAAAAACGAAAGCCAAAGAAUGGAAACCAACGAACCAGAGGAGCAUAAGACUCCAGAAAUCCCGCCGAUAUCGACGAUUAGUGAAAACAUUUCCCUUGUAAAUAAGAAGGAACAAGAAAAUGAAGAGGAAAGAAAUCGUGAAACGAACGAAAGGGACAAGAGAAGAGUGAGCUUACCGGGUGAUAACGAGAUGAAGCAGGAUAGCAAUAAGAGCGAGGGUGUUUCCUCGCAAGGAACGAAUACGUCAACGUCGCCGAAGAGGCCGCGAAGUGCAUCUACGAGCACUCAAGUAGAUUCUAAUCACUUUGAAACGAAGCGGCCAUCCAAGUGCUCCAGGCCGAUGUUCUCACCAGGACCGACGCGACCACCCUUCCGCAUACCGGAAUUCCGCUGGUCCUACAUCCACCAGCGGCUACUUUCUGAUGUGCUGUUCUCUUUAGAGACUGAUAUACAGGUUUGGCGCAGCCACUCAACCAAAUCAGUGAUCGACUUCGUGAACAGCAGCGAGAACGCCAUCUUCGUGGUCAACACCGUGCAUCUGAUCAGCCAGUUGGCGGAUAACCUCAUCAUUGCCUGUGGAGGUCUGCUGCCUUUGCUAGCGUCCGCCACAUCACCCAACAAUGAACUGGACGUAAUCGAGCCUACCCAAGGCAUGCCAGUAGAAGUGGCAGUAACCUUCCUACAACGACUAGUCAGCAUGGCCGAUGUGCUCAUCUUCGCCAGCGCUCUCAACUUCGCCGAGCUAGAGGCGGAGAAGAAUAUGUCCAGCGGCGGCAUCCUCCGCCAGUGCCUUAGACUGGUGUGCACGUGUGCGGUGCGCAAUUGCCUCGAGUGCAAGGAGCGGCAGCGAUACGCGGCCGCCCGCGCCGCGCGGCAAGGCGACUCUUCGCCCAAGAGCGUGGUGGCAAGCUUGGCGGACACUUCGAGUCCUGUCAAAGACCCAGAAAGGCUACUUCAAGAUAUGGACGUCAAUCGACUGCGAGCCGUCAUCUAUCGAGAUGUGGAGGAGACGAAACAGGCGCAGUUCCUCUCGCUCGCCAUCGUGUACUUCAUCUCCGUGCUGAUGGUGUCAAAGUACCGCGACAUACUCGAGCCGCCCGCGCACACGGCGCAGGAGUGCGCGCGCAGGCCACACCACGGCCAUGAUCACGAACACAACGGUGAUGACGUCGAAUACGCCAUGAUAGUUGUCGACGAGAACAACUCUACCAUGAACGAGUUGGACUCUCCGUCUAUGAAGGAGACAGAAGAGUCCGAUGGAGUUGCGAAAAUUGAGACAAGCACGGACGAAGUGAAACCACACGGAGAGAAGCCGGCCUCAGAGACUUCGGCUUCGAGCUUGCAGGCCCCUGCGACGCCUGGGGCCUCGCAGUCCCCAAGUUCUGAGAAAGAAGAACCCCUAUUUAAGUCCAGCCUUCGGGUGAAGCAACCUAAGAUUAAGCCUCCAACUGCAAGGUCCAAAACUUUGUCCGGGAUAACGGUGUCAGUGGUCAAUUUGAGCGUGGACUCAAUCGAGGACGCCGGGUCUUUCCACCUCAACUCGACGGAGACCACCAACAAUGAUCCUGAGUCUUCCAGCGAGAUCGCUUUGGACGAUAACAAACAUCCGGUUAGCAACGACGAAUCGUGGACAGACGUGAACCUCAACGAAGAUGGGGAGAGAGGUCCCGCCACCAUUACCGGCAGGACGAGAGACCACGAGGGCAAUAUACAUGAAGACAUUGAGAAAUCCCUUCACGCGCGCAACAACGAGCAUCAUCAUCUGCAGCGGCAUCAGAACAGGAGUUUACAGGUUGCGCAGAGGCAUCUACAUCCGGACAACGAGACAUUAGCCGGCCUAAACGCCAUGAACGCCACAAUGUCAGCAGACGGCGUAUCGCGAGAAGCGUCUCUAACACACAAGUUGGAAACCGCAUUGGGACCCGUCUGCCCCCUACUUCGGGAAAUCAUGUUGGACUUCGCGCCUUUCCUAUCGAAGACCUUGGUUGGAAGUCAUGGCCAAGAGCUGCUUAUGGAGGGUAAAGGUCUCCAAACCUUCAAAUCCAGCACAUCAGUCGUCGAAUUGGUCAUGCUCCUAUGCUCUCAAGAAUGGCAGAACUCCCUCCAGAAGCACGCUGGCUUAGCCUUCAUAGAAUUAAUUAAUGAAGGGAGAUUACUGUCUCACGCCAUGAGGGAUCACAUCGUGAGGGUCGCGAAUGAGGCGGAGUUUAUAUUGAACAGGAUGAGGGCUGAUGAUGUCUUGAAGCAUGCGGAUUUUGAGUCACUAUGCGCCCGCACGAGCAGCGAGCGCGCCGACGAGGAGCGAACCUGCGAACGCCUCAUCGCCGCCGCGCGCCGCCGCGACCACGCCGCCGCCGCGCGCCUACUCGACAAGCUGCGACAUUCGCCCGGCGCCGGCAGCGCCGCGGCUGGAAGCACAACUCAGUUCUGGAAACUAGACUCAUGGGAAGAUGACGCUCGGCGCAGAAGACGCUUGGUCCCCGACCCGCGCGGGCAGCGGCACGCCGCCGCCGCCUUGUCGCGCUCGCCCGCCGCGCCGCCGCCGAGCGACGCUAUACUGCAGGCAACGGAGGAGCUGCACGCCCGCAUCGCGGCGGGCGGCGCGGGGCGCGGGGCGCAGCUGCCGACGCCGGCGGCCGCCGAACUCCUUGAUGACGCUGAACUCCUGGUGGAUGACAGGGAAAUCGAUGCCGAUCUAACCGGCCCAGUGAACAUAAGUACGAAGGCGAGGCUAGUGGCUCCAGGAUUGGUCGCUCCGGGCACCGUUUCUUUGACGUCGACGGAGCUGUACUUCGAGGUCGAUGAGGACGACCCGGAGUAUAAGAAGAUUGACCCUGAGGUUCUAAAAUACUGCGAGCACCUCCACGGAAAAUGGUACUUCAGCGAGAUCCGCGCCAUCUUCUCGCGCCGCUACCUGCUGCAGAACGUGGCCAUCGAGAUGUUCCUCGCCAGCAGAACAUCAAUAUUCUUCGCGUUCCCGGACCAGGCGACGGUGAAGAAGGUGAUCAAGGCGCUGCCGCGCGUCGGCGUGGGCAUCAAGUACGGCAUCCCGCAGACCAGACGCGCGUCGAUGAUGUCCCCUAGACAACUCAUGCGCAACUCCAACAUGACGCAGAAGUGGCAGCGACGGGAGAUCUCCAACUUCGAGUACCUCAUGUUCCUCAACACUAUCGCUGGUCGAACAUACAACGAUUUGAACCAAUACCCCGUGUUCCCGUGGGUCCUGACCAACUACGAGAGCGAGGAGCUUGACCUGAGUCAGCCCUCCAACUACAGGGACUUGUCUAAGCCAAUCGGCGCUCUGAACCCGAGUCGGCGCGCAUACUUUGAAGAGCGCUACAACACAUGGGAGCACGAGUCCACACCGCCGUUCCACUACGGCACGCACUACUCCACCGCCGCCUUCGUGCUCAACUGGCUCGUGCGAAUCGAGCCGAUGACGACGAUGUUCCUGGCGCUGCAGGGGGGCAAGUUCGACCACCCCAACCGGCUGUUCUCCUCCAUCGCCAUGUCCUGGAAGAACUGCCAGCGGGACACCUCUGACGUCAAGGAGCUGAUCCCUGAGCUGUUCUUCCUGCCCGAGAUGCUUGUGAACAGCGCAGGCUACCGCCUCGGCCUGCCGGACUCGCCGUCAGGAGACGUGAUCCUCCCACCCUGGGCCUCGUCCGCUGAGGAGUUCGUGCGGAUCAACCGAAUGGCACUUGAAUCCGAAUUCGUGUCGUGUCAGCUGCAUCAGUGGAUCGACCUUAUCUUUGGAUACAAGCAGAGAGGACCCGAAGCCGUCCGCGCCACCAACGUGUUCUACUACCUAACCUACGAGGGCGGCGUCCGUCUCGACCAGAUCACCGAGCCCGUCACGCGCGCCGCCGUCGAGGACCAGAUCCGAAGCUUCGGACAAACCCCCGCACAGCUGCUUAGCGAGCCUCACCCGCCAAGGGCGUCUACUAUGCAUCUAGCGCCGCUAAUGUUCGCCGCGGCGCCUGAUGAUGUGUGCCUCAGGCUGAAGCUGCCGUCGAAUGCAGCGGUCGUUCAUGUGUCCGCGAACACUUAUCCGCAGCUUGCGAUGCCUGCUGCCGUUACGGUGAGCGCGGCGCGCGCGUUCGCGGCGCACCGCUGGGUGGGCGGGGGCUGCGCGCACGUGGGCGCGCGCCACGCCGCCGACCACGCCGCGCCGCCCGCCGCGCCGCUGCUCAUGGACCCGGUCUGGGCAAACGGCGGCGCCGCUGCGUUAGCCCGACGACAGCUCGGCGACAACUUCUCGCAGCGAGUCCGCGCGAGAACCAACUGCUUCGUGACCACCGUGGACUCACGGUUUCUCAUCGCGGCUGGUUUCUGGGACAAUUCCUUCCGCGUCUUCUCUACAGAGACAGCCAAGAUCGUCCAAAUAAUCUUCGGGCACUACGGCGUCGUCACUUGCGUAUGCCGGUCGGAGUGCAACAUCACGUCCGACUGCUACAUCGCAUCCGGGUCGGAAGACUGCACCGUGCUGCUCUGGCAUUGGUCCGCGCGGCACGGCGGCAUCGUGGGUGAAGGCGAGACCCCGGCGCCGCGCGUGACGUUGACGGGCCACGACGCUCCCAUUAACGGAGUCCUGGUGUCUGCCGAGCUAGGCUUGGUUAUAUCUUCAUCAGUCAACGGCCCGGUCCUGAUCCACACGACGUUCGGCGAGCUGCUGCGCGCGCUGCCGGCGGCGGAGGGCGUGGCGGCGCCGCGGCAGCUGGCGCUGUCGCGCGAGGGCGUCGUGGUGGUGGCCUACGCGCGCGGCCACCUCGCCGCCUACACGCUCAACGGCCGCCGCCACCGCCACGAGACGCACAACGACAACUUCCAGUGCCUGCUGCUGUCCCGCUGCGGCGAGUACCUGGUGUGUGGCGGCGACGCGGGCGUGGUGGAGGUGUGGCGCGCCUUCACGCUGGCGCCGCUGUACGCCUUCCCGCCCGCCGGCGCGCCCGUCUGCUCGCUCGCGCUGUCGCACGACCAGAAAUUCCUGCUCGCGGGUCUAGAGAACGGUUCCCUCGUGGUAUUCCACAUCGACUUCAACCGCUGGCACCACGAAUACCAGCAACGCUACUGACUGCAUUAACCGACUACAGUAAAACUGCAGUAAACCCCGCUGCAGUAGUCACCGACUGCAGUGCGUGUAAUUAAUUCAAUUAAAUCUCUAGUUAAAUGUUACGAAUGAAUUUAGUACUCGCGUUAGUUGUUUCGUUUGUCGCUCGCCACAAACGCGAUUAAGGCAGGUUCACUCCGACAGUACCUCUCAUGUGACUUUUUGAAAACUCUAGCAUGAAGCUAGUCGAAUAAUUUAAUGACUAUCUCAAUAUUCUCAAUCAAUUCUCAAAGAGAUUUCAAAUGUAAAGCUGUGUCCCGAUCUAGUUUGUUGUAGAUUGAUCAUUUUAUGCGAGCCUUCCACAAGUUGCCCAAAUCAGGCGCGCAAUCUAAAGCAAAAUGCUUGCGCUUUCGCUAGAUUUGGACACAUCACACAUGUGUGGUACUAACGCGAGGUAUUUAAAGUAUCACUAUUUACACAAAGCGGUGUAUUUUAUUCGCAACGAUAUAAUCGCCCUGGAAUUAAAAAUGGCUUGAAAUGAUUUAGGUAAUGUUAAAGGGCUUUCGUGUAAAUAGUGUAGUGUUAGAGAUAGGGAAUGCAAAUCGGUUAUUUUUUGUAUGGAAAUAACCGCGGUUUCGGUUAAUAACCGAUUAUUUCCAUACAAAAAAUAACCGAAAAUAACCGAUUUGCAUUCCCUAGUUAGAGAAGUAAUAUUAAGGUAACGUUGACGUACAGGUUGUAAACUGUUUGAUAUUUUGUGUGAGCCGUAGCGAAAAGCUAAUUCAAUUAACAUUUACAUUCCAUUUUCAAAGUAUUAUUUUAUUUUUAUUUUUGUGAGUAGAUUAAGUUUACAAUAUUAUUUAAUAUUUACAACAUUUAUUGAAGAUUAUUUAGUAGUGCCAUAGGAUAAUGUUUUAAUUAUUGACUUAAAGUAUUUUAUGUACUUAUUGUAAACGUACUAUCUCCAACGAUUGGCGUCCAUUUAAUCGGUUGACAUAAUGGUUAAUUUGAUGUACUUAAUUUAUACAUUUUGGUGCAAUAUUUAUAAUUUAUUUUACAGAUUAUUAUUGUAUGUAUUAAUUUUUAAUUGUAUGGUAUUAUUUCAGUAUUGAUCGAUAUAAAUAUUAUUUCAAUGAAUUUUUUUGCAAUAUUUAUUUUAAACUUAGCUUGGGAAUUUUCCGAUCAAUUUCAAUUUAUACUAAGUGUACUUAACUUGUCUUUAAGAAUCAUUUUUGCAGCUCCUUCUAUUUAUUACUUCUCUAUUCUUGUUAUAUUGGUGAUGGGCUUCUUGUACUUAAUUAUUGUAGGAAAUUAUUAAUUUUGUUUGUUUAAGAUUUUUGGUUUUUAUUAAAUGGUUAUACAAAUAUUUUA